AUGAUAAUCGAAGGGUGUUUCGCGGUGAUACCAACAGCUGUUGGGUUUUCGCCUUCAUUCGAGUACACAGCAUUUCAAUUUGACUUGUCAUUGCUACCGGACGAUUACAACUCAUCAGCAACCACUCACAGUCAAAUGACACUGAAGCCCAUACAAAUAAAACAAGAAGUGCUAUCUCCGAGACCGGACUCACCUACAACAUACCCGAGCCCCCCUUAUCCCGGGCUGACCGGUGCCUUGUCACCGAAUUACUCCCGCGAAGCGUCACCGGGUUAUCCCAGUAGUCCCUAUUACGUACCUCAGAGCCCACAAAGCGCGCAUUUGUACCCAACCAGCCCAGAGCCAAGCCAACCAGUGAAGCCACCUGUUAAACGAGAAAAAAGUCUCGAUUUGCUUACCAUCCUCCAAGAAUCCAGACUUUUAGCGGAGAGCCUUGGCUACAAAGAAGAUUCCACAGACUGCACGGUACCAUGUACGCCACCAAGGUCUGAAGAAGAUAUUUACAAUUCUCUGGAUACUGAUUUCUUUCCAAAACGCGAAGAAACGAGCAACCCAUUGUUGAAGGAAAUUUUAUUCAAGGAAGAACCGACGUCAACAAACUCACCUCAGCCAACAAUUAGUCACCAGUCGUCAAUUAGUUCACAGCCCUCGCCAGCUCCAGACCCGGAAAAUUCGUCACUUCGCAGUCUUCUCUUCUCUUCUGAUAACAAACAAGACACGAAUCCUAUUGACGACAAUCGACAUAAGACUCCGCUGAUAAUUCCCAAGAUUGAGAUUACAGACGAGGAUACUUUCUCGAGUCAAAAAUUGUCGAGUCCGCUGAGUCGGGAGGAUGAAAUCUUCAAUCUCAAAGACCAGAAGAGCGACCACCAAUUGCUCCGCGAAGUUCUGAGGGACACCAGUUUUCAAAGGAAGUACAACCUAAGACCCGUCGAUUUGGGGACCGUCGGCACGGGGUUUGUAGAAGACAUGGAGAACAGCGAGUGUGUUGGUGAUCUUGCUCGUGAACAGAUCGAACCCGUCCUCAGUCUCGCCAUCCAGCAGCUUCAAAAAGAUUUCGAUAACACCUGCGUCGCGCUUGGAAUUCAUCCUGAACCUCGUCGCUGGAGUGCUGCUGACGUUGCUGCGUGGGUCCAGUGGGCCCGAAGACAAUUACAGCUGCCAUCAGUGCCCCUUGACAGUUUCAACAUCGACGGCGAAACACUUGCAUCUCUAACGGAAGAAGAUUUCUGCCAUCGCGCGCCUCAGUGUGGAAGCAUGCUGCACGCGCAAUUAGAAAUUUGGAAGGCUGCUGUGGAGGAGUCACCGAGAAAUACUCUAGCUGCUUCUUGGAGUCCUACUAGCGUUGUCCAGCCAUCUCCAGUCAGCACAAGUGAUCUCAAUUCCUCGCUGAGCGCGCCUGAUGCUUCAUCUUCCUCGGCUUCUUCGUGUAAUUUGGAUUUAACUGAUGACGAAGAUGACGACGUGGCCGCAGUAACGCCAGUUAAUGACGGAGGUAAAAUACGUAACGGUGGAUCCCACAUCCAUCUGUGGCAAUUUCUAAAAGAAUUACUUCAGAGUCCCGGGUUACAUGGCUCGUGUAUACGCUGGCUGGAUCGCACGAAAGGAGUUUUCAAGAUCGAGGACUCGGUGCGUGUUGCAAGGUUGUGGGGUAAACGUAAAAAUAGACCGGCCAUGAACUACGACAAGCUCAGCCGUAGUAUCCGGCAGUACUAUAAAAAAGGCAUAAUGAAGAAAACAGAACGCAGCCAGAGGUUAGUCUAUCAGUUCUGUCAUCCCUACAGCUUAUAA